AUUCCCUCGCUAUCAAUUUCCAUCAUCAUCACCAGCUCCGCCGCAUACAGCCAGCGCUUCGCUCUGUCACGCCUGGAAGCGUGAUCAGGGCUUGGCGAACCCUCUCGAGCAUCAUACGCUCGCUGCUUCCACGCCAGCAUGCCGCCUCGACGAAGUACACGGGCUCAAACGGCUGCCUCUGCCUCGGCUUCGACGUCAGCCUCAUCCUCGACAAAUCGCAAAGCGACAACAUCAGAAUCAGCAUCAGCAGCCCCCCUCGUCGUCAUAAUAGACUCGGACGACGAUGAUGUUCCGCAAAAGACGGCAUCAAAGAAGCAACGCACAGCGCACUCACCAGCCACUCGCCCCCCGCCAUCCAAGAAGGGGCCAUCUCCGACGAAGCCUGCUCACGCAUCUUCAGGCGCAAGUCUGAAGGUGCACAAGACUGUUGAGCUCCUGAGUAGUGAGACGGACGAGCUGGACUCGGACGGUCCUGCCGCUCGUGCCAUUGCUGCCAAGGAUCGACCAUCCGCCUUCCCCCGAAAGACUCUCGGCCGCCCCUCUCCCUCCGUCGAGGCCACAGGGUCCAUCGCCCUGCCUCCCUCAGCCGGACGUGCUCAAGACGACGAUGACUACGACGAUUUCUUCAUGCGACGUCGUCCCAUCUCGCGCAGCUCUGCCUCAUUCACACACUCCGGCGCCGCAGGUGCUGCUGAGCGCAACGGCAGUAGUACGGGGCGACUGAGUGCUGGUGCUCGCGCCGGUGAAGGGCAGGAGAGUGACGCCUCCCCUGGCUCAGACGAUGCCUCCUCAUCAUCCUCAUCGAGCUCGUCAAGGAAGCGCCGAGGUCCUGGCAGGCCCAAGAAGCACAGGAUAGGGGGACGCCUGCCGAGUUGGACGCGACGGGGAAAGAUUGUCGAAGAAGACGACGACGAGGAUCAAGCCGAAGCUGGGCCGAGCAACGGACGUCGCCGUCGCCGCCGUAGCUCGGGCAGCGGCAGUGGUAGUGAUGCGAGUAGUCAAGAGUGGUGGGCUUCUAGUCAAGGGAAGGAGGGCGAAGGAGGUACGCAGAGACGUAGGAGCAAGAAGAAGAGGCAGGAGGGCCAACGCAGCAGCGUCAGCUUGACACCGCCGCCCGAGUUGGCUCAAGAGCACAUCUCUCGCAUCAGGGAGAUCCUCGACGCCAAGCACCCUCUCCCGCCCUCCCUUGCGCGUACGGCCGACAGCGAUGAUGAUGAGGAUGGCGAUCUAGUGGGCGAAGCAUACAGUCACGAUGCCGAAAGAGACGUCGACAUGGUCUAUGGUCCCGGCGGCGCAAAUGGCAGGUCAAGCAGCAUCGGCGUCGGCUCCUCUCGACGACCCUUUCCACGCUCAAGUGCGAGCGCCUCGGAUCGAAACGUCCGAGGAGGGUCACAGAAUCGCGCAAGCUCAGCGAAUGCACCUGCCCCUUCCAUCCACCCAGACCUUGCGCCAUACCUGAGAGGCUCGCAGGCGCCUAGCAUGAGGGCCAGGGCGAGAGCUGAACAGGAGGAGCGCGAGAGGGCGCGCAAGGAGAAGGAAGAAAGGGAGAAGACGCAGCCGCAGGGCUUACAGAGGGUCGAAGAGGACGAGGAUGCAGAGAGCGAUGGCGUCAUCCUCGUUGAAUCGUCAGACACCGAAGAGACGAAGCGCAAGGCCAGCCGCAAAUCGGACGCGAGCGCCAUGCAAGCCAAGAAAAGCAAGCCUUCUCCCGAACCCAUCAACCUUAUCGACUCAGACACGGAGGACGAAGACGCCAGAGGAGGGCCUCUCUUCGUCGAUGCCCCCACCUCCCUUUCGUCCUUCACCACCACUGCUGCGCCUCCUGAUACCCAAGCAAAUGCAGCUGGCGAAGGAGAUCGCAUUCGCCUGACUCUGCGUUCCUCCACCGGCUCUACACUGAGUGUCAACGUGCGCCGGACCACCACGUUUAGAAGGAUGUUGGAGCAUUUUGCCUCGACGGCAGAAAAGGACGGUACGGCGCGCAAGGCUGGCAUGACGGCUGCCAGUAUCAUCAAGAAGGCAAGAAUGGUCUGGGAUGGCGAGACGAUGAAGCUGGACGGAGCAGUGGGCGAUGUCGAGGAGUUGGAGGAGGACGAACUGAUUGAUGUGCUGUGGUAGGAACGGGAGGAGAGGCGAUGCGGAGGAAAACACGAGCGGCAGUCGUAUACCAUCCUUACUUGUUGUGUCACCCUUUUUCAGCGUUCCAUUGAUCAUCAUCGUAUGCAUGACAUCAGCUCACU